UUAUAACAUUUUUUGUAGUUCAGACGAGUGGUGGCAAAAGUUAUGCAUUCAAGCUAGUUGACUUUAGGCCGUUCGCAGGGAAUGUACGUUUAAUUUUUGACUGUAUAAUAACGACGUGUGGUGUUUGUUAUAAAUUGUUUAUGAAUCAUAAUUGUUUUUUGUAUGUUUUCAACACAUCGUUUCACCGUUGAUUAUGAGGCAAUAUGGUAACUAGGCGCAAUGUUACGUGAAUGAACAAAACGCUACACAAAUUUGCACAGUCACAAAAAUCGUCGUUCUUUAAGGGGGAAAACGCGAACAAUUUAUCCAUCCACUGAAGAUCAAAAAAUCAACGAAAUAUAACACACAAAAUGGGCAUUCUAUUUAUCCUGUUCUGCGGAACGAGUGUCGUCGCCGCUUUCUUUCUAUUUUUCGCAUUCUACUUCACACGUUCAUCUAAGUCAAUGCCCCGAUCGUUCGACGAACUAAAAUGGGAAAUAAUUUGGCAAUAUCAUGGAAUUAGGGGUCUGGUCGAAGAUGCGAUUUUGAAACCAAAGAAUCGAGUUGAUCUAAUUAGCUUGGAGGGAAAGGUUGCCGUUAUUACGGGAGGAAAUCGUGGUAUCGGACUGCGUGUGGUUGAAAAGUUGAUGAAAUGCGAUAUGACUGUCGUAAUGGGCGUAAGAAAUCCAAAGGAAGCCGAGGAUAAUGUGGAAAAUUUAAUUGACGUCGGGUCAAUGAAGGGCAAAAUUUUUUACGAACGUUUAGACACCGGCAGCAUGCAGUCGGUGAGACGAUUUGCGAAAUUCGUUCAGAGCAAAUUUUCCAAGGUGGACAUCCUGAUCAAUAACGCUGGUAUCAUGGCGUCACCGUUCCAAAUAACCGAGGAUGGCUUCGAAUCCCAAUUGGCUGUCAACUAUUUGGGACACUUUUUGCUGACCCAUUUGCUAUUGCCACAGCUGAAAGCCGGUGGUACAAAGGAAUGCAAUUCGAGAGUCGUAAACGUGUCAUCCUGUGUCCAUCUCAUUGGCAACAUUAACUUUGAUGAUUUGCACGGAAAGAAAUACUACUAUCCGCCGGUGGCAUACAAUCAGAGUAAAUUGGCUCAGGUGCUAUUCACGCGCUAUCUGCAGAAGGUUUUAAACAAAGAUGAGGCCAACAAUGUUCAAAUUUACGCCGUUCAUCCUGGUGUCGUCGAUACGGAUCUAUUCUGUCAUUCCAGUACCACGUACAUUCCAUGGUUCAAAAAAAUAUUUUUUAAGACGCCCGAACAAGGGUCACGUACGAUUACAUAUGCUGCUAUAUCGCCCCGACUGGAGGGAAAAGGUGGAUCAUAUUUAAGCAAUUGUACGCUCGUCAAAAUCAGUUCGUUGGCCAAAGAUUUAGGUUUAGGAGAGAAAUUCUUUCAGGUUACAUGCGAUAUGCUUGGCAUUGAGGAUUUCUUCGCCGUCUAAUUUCAAUUUUGUAUUUUUCUAUCCCAAUUUUUGUACUUAACGUCGUUCAAUAAACACACACAGUUCGAUGAA